AUGGAAUUAUUUGAGUGCACAAAGAAAAUAUGCACAAAAACCAAAGAUAUUAGAAAAUUAACGGCUUGUAUGCAUGUAUUUUGUGGUAUGACUACAUUAAGCGGUUCAGUGAAAAAUAGAGCAUUAUUUCAAUUACUUUCACUUUUAAUCCAUCCAUUUCCAAAGAUAAGACGAUCAACAGCAGAUCAAUUAUACUUAACAAUUACUUCAGCAGCUGAAAAUGAAGAAUCUGAACAAAUGUUACAAAUUGAAGAUAUAUUAACUAAUACUGAUUGGAAUGAUUCAAUACCAGAAAUAAAAAAAACAUUAUUCAUGAUAAGUGUGUUGACAGAAAAUAUAAUUGUUGCUGUAUUAAAAAUUUAUAAAAAUAAACUUACAAUCAGAAGUGCUGAACAAAUAGAACAUGGAGCAAUUGAAAUCUUAGCAUCAUUGAUAAUUGAAUCAAUCUCACCAACAGAUUUACAAUGUAUUGUGUUGAUAGAACCACCAGCAAUAUUAAAAAAUCAAAAAUCAAAAGUAAUCAAAUUGCUAAGUAAAAUAAAAGCUGACAAUCUAAUCAAAAUCCUCCCAGUUAAAUUAUUCAAGAACACAUUGGAUUUCUCACAUAAAUUGAUUGAACACAGUUUAAAUUACAAUGACAGUUUUAAAUUUAUAUUUGGUGAGACUAAAUUAUUGGAAAAUAGCAAUUUCCCUGGUCAUUUUCCUGCUCCUGCAAGUAAUUAA